CAUCCCCACCCUGACCAUCACAGGAGGCAAAGCAUCAGAAAUUUCCCCGCUCACACACAUGCAGACCCCAAACUUUCUCUGAGGACCAUCGAGAUACAGGAGGGAGACGUCACUUCUGAGUUUCAGUUCAAUUGCAAGAGCUAUGAUGCUUCACCCAGGGGUGCCUGUCGUCGAUGCCUCCUGUGGCACCCGCAAAAUAUCUGCUCAAAAGUCCAGAGUGCACAAGAUACUGUUCAGAUCUUUCUGCUACGUUCCUCUAUGUUACAUGAAGCACACACCCAGAAAAUUCCCGCAUUUCGAUGGAUGCCAUUAGUGCACACCUACCCGUUUUGAACAAAGGAGAGGCUUAAAGACCUUCCCUCUGUGAGCAAGUAUCUAAUGUAGGUGCCUUCCCCCCCCCCAUUGGCUGGGAGGAGUUGAGGCUACAGGGAACCAGGCAGAGGGCCUUCUUGGGAGUGGCGCCUGCCCUGUGGAACACCCUCCCAUCAGAUGUCAAGGAAAUAAACAACUAUCAGACUUUUAGAAGACACCUGAAGGCAGCCCUGAUUGGGAAGUUUUUAAUGUUUGAUGUUGUCGCUUGUUUAUUAUUGUUAGUGGUUUUCUGUUGGGAGCUGCCCAGAGUGGCUGGGGAAACCCAGCCAGAUGGACGGGGAGGUGCAAAUAAAUUGUUGUUGUUGUUGUUGUUGUUGUUGUUGUUGUUGUUGUUGUUUAGCAGUAUGCCACUCCCAUUGCAGCCAUUUUGCAACAGGUGCCCCCGGCACUUUGUCCCCUCUGGGCCCAAAAAAUUGGAGACCUCUGCAAUGUAAGAAAGAAGCUCUAUCGCUCUUCAAAACACACAGAGAGAAACAGUGUGAACAGGAAUGGGAGGGAGGGAAACACAUGCAGGAAUAAAAGGCAAAGUAAUGCCCCCAUUGCAGCUGCGGAAGCCAGCCUGGCAGUUGGGGCAGAAGAAAUCCCAGGACCCCAUUGCUACCAGUCAGAAGAGGAAAGUGAUAUUUGCAGUUUACGGGUGACUUCUGCAAAGCGAGUGUGUCAGUGUGGGUGUAUUUUAUAGAAGCAAUCUAUCUACUGCAGAUAAAACCACCGUCUAAAAUGCAGUAGCGCAUUGAAAGUCACUAUAGCCUGACAGACUUAGACUCUGCCUUCAAGAGGCCACAAGAAGGCCCCAAGGAGAGGAGAGGUGCUUUUCCUGCCUCAGUUGCCAAAAUAAAUGGGCUGGACAUAGAUAGGGAUGGGUGAACCAGUCUGUUCUGGUUUCUCUCCGUUUCUUAUUUUUCCAGUCUUAAGUUCAAUUUUCCACGGCAGCUCAUGAUUGCUAUUAUUUUUAAAUCCUCACGAAAACCCACCAGCCUUUUAGUGCACAUAAGCCUAAUACACACAUUUACCCGGUAUUUAUUUAUUGCAAAGCAUGUUUUACCGAACACAAUGCAGUUUUCUUUAGUACGCUCCACUGAUAUAUGCAUUUUUCUGCACGCUUUACCUCAGUGUGUGCAUUUUUGCACACGUUACAUGGCUGCACUGCAGUUUUUGCACUGCGCUGCAAAAACCGGGGAAGGGCAGAUUUUGAAGGACGGCUGUGCUUUGGUUCACAUAAUGUUCUCAGAGUGAGAAUUUGGGAAUGGGAACUGAAUUUAAUUUCUCCCCCACCCCAGCUGGAUAGAGGGGGACUGCCCUGUCCCUGGUUUAGAGCCUUCUUGGGUGUGGAAGUUCCUGUUAAGGCAAAACUGCUCGACAUCCUCCACUCUUGCCUUUAGGAGAGGAAAAGAGAAACCUUCUCAUCUUGGGCAGACGUUCUGGUUUUAAGCUGAGAAUUGCUCAUUUAACGCAAAUAUUUAAAAUGUGUGAACCGCCCAAAUAAUUUUUUGUUUCAGAAGAAAUCCAAAGAAUUAUUUCACACCACCAGAACCACCUUUUCUGUCCUAUUCCUCCCCAAAAGAACCGCCUUGUUGGACGGACAUCACGGGCCAACAAAAGCAAGACAAACAUAUUGAUGCUAGCUGAUGCUUUGUAAUUUCAGACUGGAGUGAAGGAAGUGUGCACAUCAUGUUCCAAGCCUGUCUACACAGCGGAGCGCAUGGCAAUCCAGAACGUUCCUCUGCACCAUGCAUGUUUUUGCUGUAAGCAUUGCGGAAAGAAGCUGAGCUUAGCCAACUAUGCCACCUUCCAGGGCACAUUUUAUUGCAAAUCUCAUCACCAGCUGCUUGCUGGGGUUAAAAAAAGGAGCCCAGAGGAAAACGCCGGCAUCCGUCAAAAAGAUCAGCAGCCAAGUCCAGGACUGGGGUCCAAGGAUAGAAAUAAUCGCCCAGGAAAGCUCCUCGCCAGAGAGAAAAUGCAACCACCCUUUUCUGGUUUGUGCUCCCAGGCUAACCUGAGACCGCCUAGGCAAGCCAGGCGAGAAAUGGCCUCAAAGAACAAGCCCAUUUCUAGUUGGCCCCCUUUAAAGGAAGCGGCUGGGAAAGAAAUAGGUCGAGAAUAUGGCAGCCCUGGAGCAACCAAGAAACCAUUGCAAGAUGCCGUAUUGAUUCUGCAAUGCCGGAGUGGAGCAGGUGGGGGCCUCCGCGAGGCCCCGGGAGGCAAAUCGACAGCAGAAAGUGCUCAGGCGGAAAAGAAGCAACGCCAAUUACCCAGAGUCACAUUUCCAAAGCCCGGUUCGCACUGGAUUAAAACAGCAGGUGGGAGCGGAGACUUGAGAGUAUUGGGAAAGAGACAGUUGUUCACGGGUGAAAGCAUCCUAGGAGCUCAGGGAAGGAAGAAAGGACUCAGCAUAGCAGAAAGGGCUGCAAUGUUCCAAGGCAACCCACUCAAAAUGAAGAGGAGUGUUCCUGUAGUCUCACCUUUAACACCAACCCCUCUGGAGUCUCCUUCCUUUGGUUCACUGCCCUCCUGUUCAGAAGCACUCAGAACUAGUAAAGCAACUCGUUUUGCCGCUUCAGGAGUUACUGUAGCUGAUGCUUCUAGUCUUGCAAAAGGUUCUCUCGAGGGCAAGAGGCUUAGUAGUGGAUCUUCCUCCAGCACGGGGGCAUCCGAUGAAAGGCGUGCAGAGCAGAUUUUGCCAAGAGCCGAGCUUCUUCCUAAAGCCAGGGUUCCACUGCCUGCUUUGGCACCAGCAGACAGCAGACAGAAGCUUCCAGAAGCCAGCAAAGGUAGCAUGUCAAUCACUCUGGCAUGUGAAGAGGCUGGACAACUGAGCCACAGCAGCGCUGAACCAACAGAGGUCCGCAAGCCCUCCCCGGCGAAGGCUGAAUCCUCAGUAUAUCUACCUGAGCACAAAGGUGAGCAAAGCAAUGAGGAGGAGGCAUUGGGUUCUUCUCCUGAUUCAUUGGAGACAUGCCUGGCAGCUGACCAGGCAAGUGAGCAUUUAUGGGAAGGCAGGAUGGAGUUCCCUGGGAGAGAAAUGCAAGCAGUGAUAGACCCAGCAAGCUUGCAAAGGCCAGAAAACCAGCUUUAUCCUGAAACCCACAACAGUAAGGAGGCAGAGAAGAGAAGGGAGAAAGAAAUGCAGGCCGGAGGAGACUUAGACAGCACUGAGACACAAAAUGGCAUUCUUCAAGAGAUCUCCCCAAAUAGCAAGCCUGAGGAAAGAGCCACCACUUCAGAUGAGGAAGCAGAAAUAGGUGGUCAUUCAGCAUCCAGCUCACAAGCAGAAUACGCUCCAAAAAUGGGUGUUCCUCAAAGAAAUAACCCACAAGACUCCCCUUUGACUUCCAACACAGCACCAUUCACUUCUGAAAACCUGGAACCAUGUGACCUACUUGCAAAAAUAGCCGACACAAAAGAAAAGAUACCAGGAAAGGCUAGCAGUGACGAUAAUAUCCAGCUUGAGGAAGAAACUUUCAGAAGGACCAUCCUUCAGGCUUCUAAGAUUCAGGUCAAAGACCAAGAAACAUUCGACUCCUGUGAGGUCCCACGUCUGACUGAAAAGCAAGUGAUGGGAAGUACAAAGGUGGCCAUGAAACCUCAGGUUGAAAAUGGCUCAGGUGCACAGACAAUCUGCAGUAAGGAGACCACCAAGGAGUCUGCUAGAAAGCAAAAGGAAAGGAACCCUUUGGCUCGACUUUUUGCUUCCAAAACUCAAGGCAGAGCAUGCAAGCAGGAAGAACCAGCAGUGACUAAGAAAGCACUUAAGACUCAAUCUGCCUUAGCCACACUCUUUGGAUAUUCUCUGGAGAAAGACAAGACCCCAAAGGCAGUAGCAAAGCCUUCCAUGAAAGCCAGCAGUGGAGAAGGAUUAUCCCUUGUAUGUUUCUCAAACUUACCAAAGCUUGGCACCUGCAAGGAAAGUGAGACCUCAGGUCUUAUUCAAGCAAAAGGUUCAGAAGCAGGCCUUCGGGAUUCAGAGGAGAAUUAUGGAAGGGAUGGGCGCAGAGAAAGUUCUCCACCGUUGGACAGUGCCAAAGCCUUCAGUGCUGAUGCGCUUCCUAUAGAGCUGAGCACAGAUAUUUCAAGUAGCAUUGAAGUAGUGUCUGGAAUGAAGGGCCCUGAAGCUCCCAAACAAUCCCAUUUGCAAAUGGAUACAGUGCUCUCGGACAACAACAAGUCCUCACUACUUUCCAACUUUCAAGAUUCUCUGACAACUGCUGCAGAGAACCCGUGGCAAUGUUCUACGAGCUCCUUGAUGGAAACAAACUCAGAAAUAAAUGUCUCUGGAUGUGAUCCCUAUGAUCAAGAUCUACAAAACUUCCCUAACCAGGAUGCCAUGGAUUCUCAGUAUUUAGAAAUAAAGGCUGAAAAUGUUUCUUUAUUGGGCCCUUCGAGAGAAGACGAGGCUCAGUGUGACUAUCGAGUUCCUGACAUGCUUCUAUUUUCUAUGGGGGUAGACAGAUCAGCAAGCAUGGGUGGAAGUGGCCUGCAAUCCAGCUCUCUUGAUCUGGACACAGGGAGCAUGGAGGUAAAAAACGAAGCUUGCUCUGGUGUAAGCGCUUCAGAAAACGUCUCAGAGGUGAACAACCUGCACCAAUUUUCAGAAUCUGAGCCCCCUAGAGGGAUCAGUCCUAAUAACAACGACACUCCAGGAACUGGAAAUUAUGAGAUGUUUCAGAACCCACAAUCCUGCCUUCAGCUGUGUGAAGAUGUUCUCCUCGGACUUGAUGUUGAAAAAUCCACUGCUGGUGGUUACCCCAGUGGGAAAGUUGACAUCCCUUCAUUUCUUGGAUCUCUCCAGCAUAUUCCAGAGCUCCUUAGAGAUACCAUUCAGCGCAACACUGAAGGAAGUGCAGCUGCAACAGAACAAUCCCUGGAAGAGAUUAUGCCAGCAGAGAAGAGCGAUGGGUCAUCGGGAAGCCUUCUGUAAUGCAACUUGAAGUGCAGUUUGUUGUACUCCCAAGGCAAGGUUAUGGGGGCAAAGUCCUAGCAGAGGUGGGUCUGUGGCUAAGAGCAGCAACCAGCAAAGUCCCCUCUCUGGGAUGCUAACUGACUUGACUGCCCAUAAUUUUCCCAGGUUAGGAACUGGCAACCCAAGAGAGCCCUCCCCCCCCCAAGGUCACAGGUGCAAUCCAAUUACCUUCGACUCCAGCCCCCAACUUCCAAAUGUUGGCCUACAACUCCCAUCAGCCCCUGCCAGCCUGACCAAAGGUGAGAGAAUAUGGGAGUCGGGAGUUCAACGGGUGGAGGAAGGCUGUUUUUUUACACUUCACGGCUCUGUGACUCUAGGAAACUGUAAAAGAACACAUUAUCUGAUUCUCUCCACGUUCUCCUUCCCCUCCACUCCACCACCUUAGUUCAAUCAACCCCAAACUCACAAACAACCAAUUUAGUGCGUUCCCAAUUGUCUCCCCUCUUGCUCAAAAAUCCUUAAUGAGCAUUACUCUGCGAAAAGGAAAUUGCUCUCUCCAACCCCGGAGGGAGGUGAAAAAUUCGUUUCCUCCUCUUUCCCUGUUCCUAAAAUAUCACAUUGCAAGAUAGGAGGUCUGAGAAUUAAUUAAAUUUCCCUUUGCCUGGGAUUGAAUCCCAAGGAAUUAGUAACAACACCAGGCAGUCGAAAACAUGCUUAGCAUCUGUUUUUGGGUACCACGGUCCAUUUUUUUCAAAGUAAAGGAAUAGCAUUUUCUGCUCACUUUUCCUUAAGACUGAGGAGGUUUCAUUUGGGCGGAACACACUUGGAGUCUCGUUGUGUCAGCAAAGCAACGACCUAUUUUUUUCCUUACAAAGGAAAUGCUUCGCCAUUGCGUGGUGUAUGGCUUGCUUAAGGAUUUGUGGAUGUUUGGUAUAUCAUUAGGUUUGCUGUUGCAUUGACUGAGAAAAUUUGUAUGUCCCUGAGCUCCCUGCUUGAUGGCAAUAAAGACAAUAAAUACGUAAAAAUGUGUUUGACACUAGGGGGGAAACCCACACAAAUUAAAUGUGCAAUCAUUUAAGGAGUACACAUGCCAUCCUGCAGGCAGGCAAAGUUCAGCGUGUUGCCUUUCCCAUUCACUUCAAUGGAGGGGCUCCAUUCAAGACUCCUGAAUCGGAAAGGCUCCACCUUGGCUAUCACUUCACAGGCAAUGGUUUCAGGAGAGCAGAAUCGGAACUGCACAUUUUAACUGAGAAGCACCUUUUGUGCCAUCUUUCACAUUCAGUGGGAUCAACAUUGCUGCUACUUUGCCUCCUCUAGAACAGGGGUCAGCAACCUUUUCCAGCCGUGGGCCAGUCCACCGUCCCUCAGACCAUGUGGUGGGCCGGACUGUAUUUUGAAAAAGUAUAUACAGUGGUCCCUCGGCUUAUGAACUUAAUCCGUUCCGAAUGCACAUUCGUAGGUCGAAAAAUUCGUAAGUCGAAAAGCGGAUUCCCAUAGGUAAAAAAAAUAUUCGAAAAAAAUCGCAAGUUGAGGAAACCGCAUUAAAAAAUUCGUAAGCUGAGUAAACCCCAUUUAAAACCGCCAACGCUUUCCAUUCGGAUGUAGAAAAAUUCGUAAGCGUGCGGCCAUUUGUCCCGUUCAUAAGUCAAAAACUUCGGAUGUCGGGUAAUUCGUAAGUCGAGGGACCACUGUAUAAAUGAACAAAUUCCUAUGCCCCACAAAUAACCCAGAGAUGCAUUUUAAAUAAAAGGACACAUUCUACUCAUGUAAAAACAUGCUGAUUCCUGGACCAUGCACGGGCCGGAUUGAGAAGGCGAUUGGGCCACAUCCGGCCCCCAGGCCUUAGGUUGCCUACCCCUGCUCUAAAACAUCCACAUCUUCGGUCUCAUAGUUGAUUGUUCUUAUUUGAAAUAUAUGGCCUCCUAAGGUUGCCGCCGUCUUUUACUGGCCCUGCUCCUGCGCCUUUAUCUGAAGCCUGGGACAGAGAAAUGGAGCAAGCUACUCUUUCAGGAGUAGAGAUAAGUUUCAGGGAAAGCUUCCCCUGAUAAAUUUCUGUGCGCCGGGUUGAAGCCGCAUGUGGUUUAAGUCACAGGAGCAAAGCCAGCGCUCCUAUGAUCAGCCAUUUAGCCCCUUCACAGUAAAAUCAACAGGACGGUGGGUGGAAUUGUUGUCUUCUUCUUAAAUCGCCUCUCCUGGCAGAAAGCCCACCAGCAGUUUGAUUGCCCCUUUGGACUCUGAAGUUUAUCGUUCCUCUGUUAGCAAGUUGUGCAUUAACUUCAGAGCCACGGGCAUAAAUAAGGACACAGAGAGUGUUGGUGCCAUUGCCUGUGCAGCAUGUGAAGGCAGCAUGACGACCAUCCAUUUUGCUUUUGUCACAUUUAUGUCUUACGAAUGCACAAAGCUGCCUUAUCGCUGCUUCUGUGCCAGGUGAUGGGCACAUCUAUCAGCCCAGUAAUGUCUAUAGAAUCUGACAAACCACAUCUCUCUAUAGAGUUUCAGGGGCUCUUUCCCAGAACUGCAGCAAAACUUUAUUUUCAAAAAUAAAAUUAAAAAAAGGUCUGGAAACCUGAAGGUUGAAAAAGGGCCUUGGCAUAUGCACUAGGGCAGUGUUUCCCAACCUUGGGUCUCCAGCUGUUUUCGGACUACAAUUCCCAUCAUCCCUGACCACUGGUCUUGCUAACUAGGGAUGAUGGGAGUUGUAGUCCAAAAACAGUUGGAGACCCAAGGUUGGGAAACACUGCACUAGGGUGAUGACCUUUUUCAUUUUUUUUUCUCAAAAAUUAUUUCCUGUAGCACAAAUGGAUGAACUUUUGCCUACUAAUGACUAAAAUGAGGUAUAUUCCAUUGAAAUAUUUAAAAAGGUUACGCACAAACCGUUUUUAUUUUUAUUUUGUAUGCCGUUUUACCAUUUCAUAAAAUUGUAUUAACAAUUCUAUAUAUAUUUCGUAUCAAAUUUGGACACAACACCACAUUCCACAACGGGGAGUGUUCUUAGCAACAUAGGGUAUACAAAUGUCACACCUGCGCAAGGUAAAAGCCCCUUUUUGGGACCGCAAAACUCAGCCAGCAGACCCUGCCGGGCAGGCUGGGAAAAGAACCUACAGGAGAGGUAGCAAAACAUUGCUCUCUAGCGGCGUCUAUACUGUUACUGCAGCUAAAAAAAAGCUUCCUUGCGUGUUUGAUGACGCUAUAUAAUGUUGUAUAUAUGUGACUCUAAAGCUUGGGUUCAGUUUUAUAUCUGCUUACAGUGACUUCAAAAACUGAGAAUUAAAUUUUUUAAAUCAUUUUGUGCGUGAGGUUUUUUUUAUCAAAUCUCUUUGAAAGUAAGAUUGUAUCUAAUCUUUAAUGAAAGCUCAUCAAAUUAUGAUACAGGGAAAUGAAGUUGUAAAAAAAUCAUCCCCCUAAUAUGCACAGAACACAUGUCACUCAAAGAGCUUUCUAACUGCAAAACCUGGUAACUGGGCCUGGAACUUGAAGCAUUGCAAACAAAAUGUGUGUUUCUCCACCACUGAGAUUAUUUGGGGAGUUGAACUGGCGAGGAAGUAUUUGCACGUGCUUCAACACUAGACGUGAGGGGGGAAUGCAAUUCAGUUCGCAUUCAAAGUGAAUAUUGCACUUUCUGAAACAGCAUGCAAGCAAAGACACAUUCAUCCUUCAACACUUGCACUUCUUCAAAUUCUGCAACACAUUUCUAAUAUUAGUGAGAAAAACAUACAAAAAUGAAUUGAGCUGGAGAAUUGAGCUGGAGAAUUCAUGCUAAAGUGCUGGCAAAUGUUCACGAGGACUUAAAAAGCAGAAUUGCAAAUUGCUGUGGGGGGAAUGUGGAGAACUCAACCUGGAAAAAUGAGAAACGGAGGGAAAUAAAAACUGACCACAUUGCCUAUCCUUACCUGACACGAAACUCUGUG